UUUUUUAAAAGUUUUUCUGAUUCUUCUUCUUUAUUUUCUUCUUGGCAUUUAACACAAACAAUUCUGCAUUUUACCCAAUCUUUAAUUGGAUUUUGUUUAAUGUUGCUGGCAAUGACGUAUAAUGUCCCUGUGUUUAUAUUUUUAUUAUUUGGACAUAUUUUUGGCUAUUUUUUGUUUGGUCCUCUCUAUCAACAUGGAUUAGUUGAAGAGAAUCGUGUGGGGGGAGAUUGCUGUUGUUCUUAAGAAAAUUAAAGAUUUUAAAAACAGAAUUAUAUAA